AUGGAGUUUUUUAACUCAGCUCUUGGGAAAAACAUCACUUUUGUGCGUCCUGCACAUUUUUUAAUAAGGGGUUUUAUUGGCGUACCUAAUAUCAAGUAUUACUAUGUUUUUCUCUUUAUUAUUUACCUUGUUUCAGUUCUGGGAAAUACAAUUGUGAUGACUGUAAUAGUUUUGGAUCAUAAUCUGAGAACUCCAAAAUAUAUUGCAGUCUUUAACUUAGCAUUUGUGGACCUGUUUGGUAGCUCUGCUCUGGUGCCGAAGGUUCUUGACAUCUUUCUGUUUAACCACCACCACAUCCCCUACAACGACUGCUUGACAUUCAUGUUUUUCUGCUUCACCUGCUUUUCGAUGCAGGCUCUUAAUUUGGUUGCACUUGCCUAUGACAGACUGGUGGCCAUCAUCUUUCCACUGCACUAUCAAGUGAAGGUGACUCACAGGUUCAUGUUUUCUUUGAUUGCCUCUUUGUGGCUCUUUGCCAUGACUAUUACACUCAUUGCAGUUGGCCUUCUUACAAGACUUUCUUUCUGUAAUUCUGUGGUUAUUAACAGCUAUUACUGUGACCAUGGCCCAAUAUACCGGCUUGGCUGCAAUGAUAUUACACCCAAUCGUGUAAUUUCUAAUUUGUCACCAAUUCUUAUUCUUUGGUUUCCACUACUAUUUAUCUUGGUAAGUUACUGCUAUAUUGCCUAUGCUCUGUCAAAAAUGUCCACAGUUCAGGAAAGAGUGAAGGCCUUUAAAACCUGCACAGGUCAUCUGUCAUUAGUGGCAAUCUAUUUCCUCCCUGUCAUAUUUGUAUAUUUCUUUUGGGGAACAAUACAUCCAAAUGCCAGGAUCAUAAACCUGUCUCUGAGUGCUGUCAUCCCUCCCAUGUUAAACCCAAUCAUUUAUGUUUUUCAGACACAAGAAAUCAAAGAAUCUUUGAAAAAGUUGUUUAAAAUGGCCAAAGGACAAUCCAUAAUUGCAACAAAACAUAUUUAG